AUGAUUUCAACAAUUUUAUUUGAUAUUCCUAGCAUUCUCAUUAGUGUAGGAGUAGGAAUAGUCACAUAUCUGGCAUAUUUUUAUUUCAAGUUCUUCACUCGUCCUAACCCGAUUCCUGGUCCAAUUCCACUACCGUUUAUAGGAAAUCUUCAUCAAUAUCCUGGAGACAUGUCAGCAUUCUCUGAAACAUGUCAAAAAAAGUAUGGCGAUAUUUGGGAAUUCUAUAUUGGACAUCCUAGCGAUAAAACAAGAGGGAUCGGAUUGGGCAGAGCGGAAUUAUUGGAAAAAGUUUAUACGACCAAUUUACAAGAAUGUAAUUUCAUUUUACGCACACCACCAAAUGAUGGAUUAGACGAAUUGGGUUGCACUUCAAAGGGAUUAUUAUACAAUAGAAAUCAAGAUGCGUGGGCAUACUAUCGUAAGUUUUUUUAUCGGGCCAUCAUGUCACCAAAAUUCGUUAGACAAGCUAUAUCAUGGACGGAAGAAAUAUUUGAAGAAGUAGAAGGUUAUUGGAAGAAAAUUGAUGGAGAUGAUGGUAUUGAAGUAGAUUUGUCCGAAUGGCUGCAUAGAUUUACUACUGAUCUCAUAUUUCGUAUUACGACAAAUAAAAAAACUUAUGCAAUAGCAAAUUAUUUCAAUAAUACGUUUCCAAAGGAAAAGAUUAACGUGGAUUCUACCGUAUUAAAGGAGUCUGAAGAAUUUAUUAAAAGAAUUAAUGACUUUAUUACAAGCCUGCAAUAUUUCUUGUUAACACCAAAAUGGCUACGACAUUUCCCUGGCGGAUUUAAAAAGAAAACCAUGCGAUUAUUAAAGGAAAGAGAUAAUAUGAGAAAAGAUUUAUUACAAUUGGUUACACAACGAAGGGAAGAAAUUAAUAACACUCCUUUGGAUGAGCCAAUUACUCCUGACAUGCUUUCAAUGUUCUUGACGGUUAACACCGAAAGAGAUAUUACUGAGCAAAUUUCCAAUGAAACUAAUAUGGAACCGAUGACAGAUGAAGCCAUUGUUGGUAAUUUUAUGGAAGCAGUUUCUGGAGGUACUGAUCCUACGGCGGUGACAAUUUGUUUUAUCAGUUAUUGUAUGGCUCGUUAUCCCGAAGUAAAGAAACGACUCUUUGAAGAAAUCGAUUCAAAAAUUUCAAUCAAUCAAAAAUUGUCUUUCGAAGAUCUUAAUAAACUAACUUACUGUGAUGCAGUAAUUAAAGAAGUCUCCCGUUUUCUCCCAGUAGUAGAUAUUAAUUAUCGGAUGAAUACUAAAGAAGAAACUUUAGAUAAAUACAUUAUUCCUGCCGAAACCCAGUUCUUUAUAAACCAAAGGGGUAUAAAUAAGCAUAAAUCUAAUUGGACUAAUCCUGAAAAAUUUGAUCCUGAUCGAUUUAUUAAUGGUCAAGAUAAAAAUUUAGCAUUCCAAUUUGGAGGCGGUGCAAGGAUGUGUCCAGUGAGUCAUCAAUUCUGUUGUUAA